GGGGAGAGGAGGACAGGAAAGGGGAGAUGACCGGGAUUAUGGAAUGAGGGAUGGAAAGGGGAACGUUAAAGGGGAUAUUAAAAGACGGACUGUAAUGGAGAAGGACAGAGAGGCAAGAGGAGAGGAAAAAUAUCAAUAUGGUCAAAUUUAAGGACUCAUGAGAUCUUGACAGUGAAGGGAAUGCAUUUAGCCUUGUGAUGUUGGGCUGUUGCAGGCAAGUUAACCUAAAAGAGGCACAUGCACAAUUAAACAAACACUUUUUUCAAGCGCGUUUGUCAAGAGUGCUGUUUGGAAAAUGCCAUAGGCUAAACAUGGAGUUUAUGAAUUAGGUGACCUUGUCUAGCUCCAACCAUUUACAAAGAUUUUCUUACAGUCUUGCCUAGCCUACUUAUUCCACAUAAGUCAACUUCAACACAAUAUUAAGGAUGGUACACAGGAUAACAAUGUCUGAAGAUGACAAACCACGACAGAGGGAAAGCCGAAGAUUGUUGACAUCAUCGAUACCACAGGAAGUGGCGAUGUCAACAUGUCCACGGUGGUGGAACCCAACGACGGAACACUGGCGGGGCUCUCUGGCAGGACGCUAAAGAUCCCCCCUGGCUGGCUCAAUCCAUCAGGGAAGUAUCACAUUGGAGUCAAAAAUGGUUACGAGUUCUUCCCCAAAGCUCUCAAAGAGAGAAUACAGAAAGAGCGUAAGGAGAAGAUGUGGGACCCUGCACACAGAGCUGCUCUGGCCGAGGCGAGCCGCAAGACAGAGGAGUUUGACCUCGCUCACCCCUCCCCCUCACAGACAGAGAAGCUGCAGAAGGAGGAGCUCCAGUGCCAGUCUGAGCUGCUGGCCUCUCUGGAGAAGAAGUACAGCGAUCCGGGGCCAGUCUACGACUGUGUGCUCUGGCACGACGGCCUGACCUGGAGGGCUGUGGUGGACACCUCAGAGUGUGGGGAGCUGUCCCAAUGCACUGUGCUGGGCUCCUACAGGGAGAGCCAGGAGUACGCCUCGCUGGGCGAGGCUGAGAUGCUCAACUACUCCGUCAACAUCUACGACGAGGGCAACACGCUCUGCAUCGUCACCAGCGGAGGGGCUCAUGGGACACACGUGGCGAGCAUCGCGGCAGGUCACUUCCCUGAUGAGCCAGAGAGAAAUGGCAUUGCCCCGGGUGCCCAGAUCCUCGCCUUGAAGAUUGGAGACACCCGCCUCAGCACCAUGGAAACGGGAACCGGACUCAUCCGUGCUAUGAUUGAGGUAAUCAACUACAAGUGUGACCUGGUCAACUACAGCUAUGGAGAAGCCACACACUGGCCCAACUCAGGGAGGAUCUGCGAGGUGAUCACAGAGGCCGUUCAGAAACACAACGUGUUGUUUGUGUCGAGCGCCGGUAACAACGGCCCCUGUCUGUCCACCGUGGGCUGUCCUGGGGGCACCACCAGCAGUGUGAUAGGUGUGGGGGCGUACGUGACCCCUGACAUGAUGGUGGCGGAGUAUUCCCUGAGGGAGAAGCUGCCCCCCAACCAGUACACCUGGUCCUCCCGGGGGCCCAGCACUGACGGGGCCCUGGGGGUCAGCAUCAGCGCCCCGGGGGGGGCCAUCGCCUCCGUGCCCAACUGGACGCUCCGGGGCACCCAGCUGAUGAACGGCACCUCCAUGUCCUCCCCCAACGCCUGCGGGGGCAUCGCCCUGGUGCUCUCAGGUCUGAAGCAGAGCGGGGUGCGUGCGUCCGUCCCGGCAGUGAGGAGGGCCCUGGAGAACACGGCCAUGAAGGUGGACGACAUCGAGGUGUUCGCCCAGGGCCACGGCAUCGUCCAGGUGGACAGGGCGCUGGACUACCUGACCCAGCACGCCGCCCUGUCCACCAGCAACCUGGGCUUCGCCGUCACCGUGGGCUCCCAGCGCGGCAUCUACCUCAGGGACCCCGCCCACAUCCUGACGCCCUCGGACCACGGGGUCGGCAUCGAGCCCGUCUUCCCCGAGAAUACAGAGAACACGGAGCGCAUCUCCCUCCAGCUGCACCUGGCCCUCACGUGCUCCGCCCCCUGGGUGCAGUGCCCCUCCCACCUGGAGCUGAUGAACCAGUGUCGCCACGUCAACAUCCGCGUCGACCCCCUGGGGCUCCGAGAGGGGCUGCACUACACCGAGGUGUGUGGCUACGACACGGCAGCCCCCAGCUCUGGCCCUCUGUUCCGAGUCCCCAUCACUGUCAUCAUCCCCACCAAGGUCAGUGAAGGCCGGAACCAAGAGGUGACCUUCAAGGACGUCCACUUCAGACCAGGGCAGAUCCGCCGACAUUUCCUCACAGUCCCUCAGGGAGCUUCCUGGGCAGAGAUCACCCUAACGUCUCACUCAGUUGACGUGUCGUCCAAAUUUGUUCUUCACGCGGUUCACCUGGUCAAGCAGAAGGCCUACAGAGCCAACGAGUUCUACAAGUUCUCCUCUCUCCUGGAGAAAGGCUCUCUGACCGAGGCCUUCCCUGUGCUGUCGGGCCGGACGGUGGAGCUGUGUAUCGCCCGCUGGUGGGCCAGCCUCGGUGACGUCAACGUGGAGUACAGCAUCUCCUUCCAUGGCCUCGCAGUCUCUCCCUCUCCCUUACACAUACAUGCCUCAGAAGGCGUGACCAGUUUCGACGUGUUGUCUCCCCUGCGGUACGAGGACGUGUCUCCCAGCAUCACGCUCAAGGCCUGGGUCCAGCCCCUCAGGCCCGUCAGCUCCAAGACCAAGGCCCUGGGCCUCAGAGAUGUGCUGCCCAACAACAGACAGCUCUACGAGAUCGUCCUCACCUACAACUUCCACCAGCCCAAGAGCGGGGAGGUGACCCCCAGCUGCCCCCUGCUGUGUGAGCUGCUGUACGAGUCGGAGUUUGACAGCCAGCUGUGGAUGCUGUUCGACCAGAACAAGAGACUGCUGGGGUCUGGAGACGCGUACCCACACCAGUACUCUCUGAAGCUGGAGAAGGGUGACUACACGGUGCGUCUGCAGGUGCGCCACGAGCAGGCCAGUGAGCUGGAGCGGCUGAAGGACCUGCCCUUCGUGGUGUCCCACCGCCUGUCCACCACGCUCAGCCCCGACGUGUAUGAGACGCACCGCGCCGCCCUCGCCGCCAAGAAGAAGGCCAACUCCCUCACCCUGGUGCCCGGGGCCACCCAGCCCUUCUACGUCGCCGCCCUGCCCGACGACAAGAUCCCUAAGGGGACUAGUCCAGGGUGUUAUCUGACCGGCUCCCUUGUUGUCCCCAAGAGCGAAUAUGGCAAGAAAGCAGGGCAGGCCUCUGCAAAACGACAAGGAAAAUUUAAAAAGGACCUGGUGCCAGUCGUCUACCAUCUGAUCCCCGCCCCCAACAAGCCCAAGAACGGAGCGAAGGAGAAGGAGAAGGACGGAGAGAAGGAGAAGGAUGUGAAGGAGGAGUUCACCGAGGCCCUCAGGGACCUGAAGAUCCAGUGGAUGACAAAGCUGGAAACCAGUGCUCUGUAUGAUGAGCUGAAGGAGAGCUGCUCAGGGUACCUGCCCCUGCAUGUCCAGAGGCUGCACCAGCUGGACUCUGAGAAGGAGCGUUUGAAGCACCUGGGGGAGAUAGUGGUGGCAGCAGACGUGGUGCUGGCUCAGAUCGACCAAACCGCCCUGGCCGUCUACCUCACCAUGAAGAACGACCCGCGACCAGACGCUGCUACCAUCAAGAGUGACAUGGAGAAGCAGAAGGCGUCCCUGCUGGACGCCAUGUGCAGGAAGGGCUGCGCCCUGGCCGACCAGCUCCUCCAGCCCCCCGGGCCCCAGGAGGGGGCAGGCGCCGGGGAGGCCUCCGAGGAGGCCGAGGUGAGCAGCUCAGACGAGCCCCAGGAGGACAGGGUCAAGGCCCUCAGCGACACCUUCUGGGAGGUGCAGAAAUGGGCGGAGCUGACCGACUCUAAGGUGUUGAUGUUCUCCUACAAACACGCGCUGGUCAACAAGAUGUACGGCAGGGCCCUGAAAUACUCCUCCAAGAUAGUCGAGGACAAACCAAGUAAAGACAACCUGAAGAACUGCAUCCAGCUGAUGAAGCACCUGGGAUGGACACACAGCGCCACCUUCACAGAGAACUGGCUCCCCAUUAUGUACCCCACAGACUAUACAUCCUUCUAAACACACACACACACACUCUCACACACACACACACACAGGAUGGGUUGUACAUGGCUCAUGCAUGAUCACCCAGGGAUUCCAUCUUUCCAUGGUCACAUCAGACCUCUUCAACCCACGGUGACGUCACUUCAAGUCUGGGACACGAACCCCCCCCCUCCCCCCCCCCCGAGGAAGCAGGACUGAGUCUGCUGUGUGUCAGUGUUGCCACCCUCUCAUCCAGGUGCCUUCCCAUCAGUACCUUACGUCAGCAGGAGGAACAGUGUGCUCCUCUCUGUCUCUGUCAAGCAGCAGCCUCUGUCGUGUGCCCCGGGGGGGGGCCCGUUCACCACUCCCAAUGCUCAUUCAAUCACCCUCCAUCAUCUCCAACAUCCUUCACACGCUGUAUCUUGUUUUAUAUUUUGCCGUGGCUAUAAAGAGAUUACUUCAACUCCAACUGCAUCACAGACCUUACUAUCACAAACCUCUGUGUAGAAGCUCAUGUCAUUGUGGAUGAAGAGACUUGGGGGGGGGGGGGGGAGGCAGGUUGUCCCAGAACUGGACUAUCUGAUGUUCUCUUUUAAUCCAAGACGGUUGUUGAUGCCCGUCUGAGAUCCUAACCCAUUAUGUACAGAGCUGAGUGUGUAGAUGAUCGUCAAGCGAAGAUGCGUGUUUGAAUCUAUAAACGUGAUGUUUUCUUAUUUUUUUCUCUGGCACGUCCUAACGGUUGUGCGCCACCUUGAUGAAGCUACAUUGUGUAGAAAUGUACAUACACAUUAUAGCCAUGUACAGACAUGUCUACGAAACAAGCACCAUGAUAAAGAGGCAAUAUAACUAGACAGGAAAGUAGUGGUCGUUCUCCCGACUGGAUUUGAAAUGUAUGCAUGUCACGUCAAGGAAACAGUCGGCUUCAUUUCGAAACAGCUCACGUCUUUUUUUAGUUUAAGAUUUUUUAUCUCUGAAAACCCUCAUGGCUUCGUUUCCCGAGAGCCCUCUGUGACUGUGUUUGGGAUUGAGAGAGAGUGACUUGUGACACAUUGAAGGGUCAGACAAGGGGCACAUCACAUCAGAGAGACCCCUAUACUUCAGUGUAUUAAACCCUUGAAUAAACACUG